AUGGCGAAGACCCUGGAGAAGAUUGACAACCGACAUAGAGCCAGGGCGGGGCCGAGCGCGUUCGAGGCCGCAGCAAGCCCGGAACCCGGCAGCCGACCGAACUUCCUGGAUCAGCCCCCUCGUGAUCGCGGUCAGGUUGCGAGCGACAAGGCGACAUCUUGA